CUAGCUCUUUCCUCACUAUUCAGACACCUCUGGAAUAUCAUCCAUAACGGAAUUACUUUAUUAGUUUUUUUCUAUAAAGCUUUUAAGGCUGAGGAAACGUCAUCCUACACAAUAUCUAGAUCUUCAUUAACCAUGUCGAUGUGGUUUGCUGUACUUCAUGUUUUAGGUAUUCUGUCUUUGACCUGUUGCACUUUUGGAUCGGAUUUAAAUGUUCCGACACCAAUUAGCUGUGGAACUCGUGCGGUGGACCUACCAGACACACGUAAGAGAGUGCUCUGCCCAGCAAACUGCACUCUCUGGAGUCUGUCAGUGUUUGGUUCAGGAGUAUAUGCCUCUGUUUCCAGCAUAUGUGGAGCAGCAAUACACAGAGGAAUCAUAAGUCUAUCUGGUGGACCUGUGGAGGUUCACGGACUGCAAGGGAGGACAAACUACCUCAGCUCUUAUGCUCAUGGCAUCCAGUCUCAGUCCCUGUCCCAAUGGAGCUCAUCUUUCACUGUGGCCAGAACAAUUAGCUUGCCUUUGGAAGUGUCCAGCCAAACCAGCAGUUCUGCCACCGUUGCAUCAGGAGCAGCCAAGAAACCAGUCAAAAAGACAGCGAAGAAGCCUCCUCCAACAACAACAGCAAACAGGGAUUGCCCAGUCGAUAUGGCUUUGCUGCUGGAUAGCAGCUACAAUAUUGGACAGCGGCGCUUCAACCUGCAGAAGAACUUUGUCAGUAAGCUUGUAGCCAUGCUGAAGGUUGGAACACCAGGUCCUCAUGUAGGAGUGGUGCAAACCAGUGAGGCACCUCGAACUGAAUUCUACUUGUCAAACUAUACAACAGCCAAAGAUCUGACGUUUGCCAUCAAAGAGAUCCCAUACAUUGGGGGCAAUACCAAUACAGGUAAGGCCAUACUGCACACUGUGAGGAACUUCUUCAAUCCGGAUUUUGGUGUUCGGAGAGGUUACCCACGGAUCAUUGUGGUGUUUGUCGAUGGGUGGCCUUCUGAUAAUGUGGAGGAGGCAGCAAUUUUAGCCAGAGAGUCUGGUAUUAACAUCUUCUUUGUGUCUGUCGCCAAACCUGCCCCUGAGGAGAUGAGCCUGGUGAGCGAGCAAGACUUCAUGAGAAAGGCAGUGUGCAAGGACAAUGAGUUCUUCUCAUUCACCAUGCCCAGCUGGUUCGGCACCAACAAGUUUGUGAAGCCACUAGCUCAUAAACUUUGCUCCAUUGAUCAGAUGCUCUGCAGCAAGACAUGCUAUAACUCAGUGAACCUGGGCUUCCUGAUUGAUGGCUCCAGCAGUGUAGGUGAUGGGAACUUUCGGCUAGUGCUGGACCUUCUUCUCUCUAUCGCACGCAACUUUGACAUCUCUGACAUUGGAUCUCGCAUCGGUGCCAUUCAGUUCACCUACGACCAAAGGAUGGAGUUCAACUUCAAUGAGCACACCACAAAAGAUAAUGCUCUGAGGGCCCUGCAGAACAUCCCGUACAUGAGUGGAGGAACGGCCACUGGAGACGCCAUCAAUUUUGCCGUGCGGAGUCUCUUUAAACCCCGCACAGGCUCCAACAAGAAUUUCCUCAUCAUCAUCACUGAUGGACAGUCUUAUGAUGAUGUGAGAGGGCCAGCUAUGGCCGCCCAGAGGGAGGGAAUCACUGUGUAUGCAGUGGGCGUAGCUUGGGCUCCGAUGGAAGAUCUGAAGGCAAUGGCGUCCGAGCCCAAGGAAAGCCAUGUGUUUUUCACUCGUGAGUUCACCGGCCUGGCGCAGUUCCAGCAGCCCAUCGUACGGGGCAUCUGCAGGGACUUCACAGAGUUCAACUAGACAGUGCGACUGCUUAAGUACAAGAAAAGGAAGAAGAAAAACGGGCACGAGUGAAUAAGAAAAAUCACUUUGUAGAAAAAGCGAUUUGAACGGUUUUGUUAUAAAGGUAUUGGUAUGUUUGAUCCAAAGGAGUUUACAGCUUAAUUGAGAAUGUAUCACACAGUAUUGUAUGUCAACCUCUCUAUAAUGUGGAGAAUGUAAUUAUUUGUGAUUUAUAGUCUUUCUCUUUAUGUUCCUGGUGAAAAAACGUUCUUUCGCUGCUUCAGGCAGGUCUUUUUUUUUUUUUCCUGUGGAGGAGUCACUGUACCAAAAGGCUCUUUUAUAUUAAUUUCGGGACUUGAAGAUUCUAUUGCAGUUAUGCAAGGUAAUGCACAAGAUGGUAAGCAAAAGCAGCCAUGAAGAGGAUCGUCAGUGAAACAGCGCCCUCUUAUGCGUUCUGAUGGCAGCACACAAAUACACAGCUUUCACUCACACAAUAGCAUAAAUAAAUCUGGGUUCUAUAAUAAAAUAAUAGUUCUUCCCAGGGGUAGCAAACAAUAUACAUGCACUGUAGUACAUUCACAACGUCACAUUUUCACAAUGAAGCACGUAUGUCUGAGUGUGCGAUGAAGAUUACGGUUGUAAAGUUAAUGUUUUGAUUAUAUAGCAUUUUUCUUUUCUUUUCUUAAAUUAUACUUUCAUGUAUUUAUCGAACCUAUUUUCUUUGUACCUUUCCAUAUGCAUGCUUUACUGCCUCACGUAGGCUAAUGAAAACAGAUUGGGAGGAGGGGCAUCAAAUUGUUUGUACAUUUGUUUAUAAUUUAUUACUUUCUUCUCAAUAAAGAACAAGGGGUUUGUACAACUGAACCAGCUGAACAUCCUCAGCUGAACAGGCUAAGCCUUUUGUUCUCUCUGAGUCUUUCUCAGUACAAACAUCUGUAUUGAAAUCGUGAAUCCUGGCAAUCAUUCGUCAUCAACUACCCGUCAAAAUACAACGCUGCAUUAAUUGUCGAGACACGGGGCAUGUUGCAUAUACAGAUACACCAUUUAAUAUUUAUUAUAGACAUUUUAUAUACAUUACUUUUCAACAGUUGUUUUGCUAUGUGGUACAAUCUUUAAAAUCUGUUGAUUCAUAGUAAAUCAAAAACCUUACAAAACUCUUCAAACUGAUCAGAACUUUUGGAAGACUAGAAAAAAUACUUUAUUGUAGUAUUAAUCAUGCAUUACACAAACAAAAGGUCUUUUGUUACACCAUAAACGGCAUUAUGUCCUUUAAAAAUCAUUGAACAGAUUGGGGUAGAACGACCAAACCAAAUAUUUAGAAUACAUUUGAUUGACAACUCCAAUCCCAAAAAAAUGAAAGUUCUAUAAUUUACUCGC